AUGUCCAAGUACGCCAAAAACCAGUCCGUCGGCUUUAAGAACGACAUCGAAAAAGUCGCCAUUGUUGGCGCUGGGGGUACUAUUGGAUCGCAUAUUUCCAAUGCCCUUCUAGCGACCGGAAGACACACAGUCACGGCCCUUUCCCGUGAAGGCAGCGGUAACAAACUCCCCGAGGGCGUCCGAGUCGCCUUUGUCGACUACGAUGAUGAGGCCACCAUUGUUGCCGCCCUCAAAGGCCAGCAAUUUUUGAUCAUCACCAUGGCCCCCACCGCGCCCCGGGACACCCACAGCAAGCUUGUCCAGGCGGCCGCCAAGGCCGGAGUUCCCUAUAUCAUGCCGAACGGGUAUGGCGCCGACAUUGACAAUAUUCAACUCGGUGAAGAUACAUUGCUGGGGCCCAUCGCUAAGGCCAACAGGGAUGAGAUUGAGAGGCUCGGCAUGCAGUGGAUCACAGUGUGCUGUGGGUUCUGGUACGAUUACAGCUUGGCGGGUGGUGAUGCGCGCUUUGGGUUCGACUUUGACAAGCGUACCCUAACAAUCUAUGACGAUGGCAACACCAAGACCUCGACGUCGACUUUGUCGCAGGUUGGGCGCGCUGUGGCCAAGGUCUUGAGCCUCAAUGAGCUUCCCGAGGAUGAAAACGAUAAGAGCCUUACUCUGUCGACAUUCCUCAACAAAGGCGUGUACCUGAAGAGCUUUGUGAUCAGCCAGAACGACAUGUUUGAAAGUGUCAAGCGUGUCACCGGCACGACCGAUGCCGACUGGACGAUUUCCCAUGAGGAGAGCAAGAAGCGAUACGAGGGUGGCCUUGCGCAAGUGAAAGUGGGUAACAUGGCUGGUUUUAGCAAGAUGCUGUACGCAAGAGCUUUUUACCCCGAUGCUUCCUCCAACGAUCUCUCAGCCAAGGCGCAGAAUGAGUUGCUUGGAUUGCCGGAUGAGAGUCUGGACGAGUCGACCAAGGUGGGGAUAGACUUGGUCAAAGAACUGCAGCUUCGUGUCGAGCGUAUGGCGGCCUAG